CAGGCAGGACGGCCGGGUGGGUCGCGGGGUCACUUCCGCUUCCGGUCCGUCGCCUUCUUCGGUUGCUUCCCGUCCGCUCGGCGGCUCCCCUCCCCCGCCCGGCUCUCCGCGCCCCUCCCGGGCGGCGGGGCGGCGGGGCCGUCGACGUGCGGCCCUCCGUGCGUCCGCGCGUGCGUCCGAGCGCGGCUCCGCGUCCGCCGCCCGAGGCCCGGAGCGCGCCCCGUGACACCGAGGCCGAGCGGGGGCAGGGGGCUGCCCGCCAUGAGCCCCCGGAGCGCGGCGUGAGCGGCCCGAGAUGCGGUGACCCGCCCGUCGCUGCCGCGCCGCCUCCCCCCUUCCAGUUGCCUGGCUCUGCUCACCCCGAGGCCCGCCCCCGCCCCCUGCCACCAUGUCGACCUCCUCGCUGCGGCGCCAGGUGAAGAACAUCGUCCACAACUACUCGGAGGCCGAGAUCAAGGUGCGGGAGGCCACGAGCAACGACCCCUGGGGCCCGUCCAGCUCACUCAUGUCCGAGAUCGCCGACCUAACCUACAAUGUGGUCGCCUUCUCCGAGAUCAUGAGCAUGAUCUGGAAGCGGCUCAACGACCACGGCAAGAACUGGCGGCACGUCUACAAGGCCAUGACGCUGAUGGAGUACCUCAUCAAGACGGGCUCGGAGCGCGUGUCACAGCAGUGCAAGGAGAACAUGUACGCCGUGCAGACGCUGAAGGACUUCCAGUACGUGGACCGCGAUGGCAAGGACCAGGGCGUGAACGUGCGUGAGAAGGCCAGGCAGCUGGUGGCCCUGCUGCGCGACGAGGACCGGCUGCGGGAGGAGCGCGCCCAUGCGCUCAAGACCAAGGAGAAGCUGGCACAGACCGCCACGGCUUCCUCCGCAGCCGUGGGCUCUGGGCCCCCGCCCGAGGCGGAGCAGGCCUGGCCGCAGAGCAGCGGGGAGGAGGAGCUGCAGCUGCAGCUCGCGCUGGCCAUGAGCAAGGAGGAGGCCGACCAGCCCCCGUCCUGCGGCCCCGAGGAUGACGCCCAGCUCCAGCUGGCCCUUAGUUUGAGCCGAGAGGAGCACGAUAAGGAGGAGCGGAUCCGCCGUGGGGAUGACCUGCGGCUGCAGAUGGCCAUAGAGGAGAGCAAGAGAGAGACCGCGGGCCAGGAGGAGUCGUCCCUCAUGGAUCUUGCUGAUGUCUUCACGGCCCCAGCUGCUGCUCCUGCCACUGAUCCCUGGGGGGCCCCUGUGUCCAUGGCUGCCGCCCUCCCCACGGCUGCCCCCGCCUCGGACCCUUGGGGGGGACCUCCUGUCCCUCAGGCUGCUGAUCCUUGGGGGGGUCCAGCCCCUACACCAGCCUCUGGGGACCCCUGGAGGCCUGCUGCCCCUGCAGGGCCCCCCGCUGACCCUUGGGGGGGGACCCAGGCCCCUGCGGCUGGAGAAGGACCAGCACCCGACCCUUGGGGGGGCUCUGAUGGUGGGGCCCCAGUUAGCGGAACCCCGGCCUCGGAUCCCUGGGCACCGGCCCCGGCCUUCUCAGACCCCUGGGGGGGGUCCCCUGCGAAGCCCAGCACCAAUGGCACUGCAGUGGUGGGGGGCUUUGACACGGAGGCCGACGAGUUCUCUGACUUCGACCGCCUGCGCACGGCCCUGCCGGCUUCUGGGAGCAGCACAGGGGAGCUGGAGCUGCUCGCAGGAGAGGUGCCUGCCCGCAGCCCCGGCGCCUUCGACAUGAGCGGGGUCGGGGGCUCUCUGGCUGAGGCUGUGGGGAGCCCCCCACCCGCGGCCGCCCCGACGCCCACGCCGCCCACGCGCAAGACGCCCGAAUCUUUCCUGGGCCCCAACGCCGCGCUGGUGGACCUGGACUCGCUGGUGAGCCGGCCGGGCCCCGCAGCGCCCGGGGCCAAGGCCUCCAACCCUUUCCUGCCGAGUGGAGCCCCGGCCACCGGUCCCUCCGUCACCAACCCCUUCCAGCCUGCGCCCCCCGCGACGCUCACCCUGAACCAGCUCCGGAUCAGCCCUGUGCCCCCGGUUGCGGGAGCGCCGCCCACGUACAUCUCUCCCCUCGGCGGGGGCCCUGGCCUGCCCCCCAUGAUGCCCCCGGGACCCCCGGCCCCCAACACUAACCCCUUCCUCCUAUAAUCCAGGGCGGGAGGGGCCUCCCCCAUUCUGCUCCCUGGGAGACCAGUGUUGUGAGUGCAUGUGAAUCGGGGGACCCUGCCCCCCCCAGCACCCUUCCCCCUCCUGGGGCCCACUCACACUACAGCCUCUUCCUGUGUCCCCCGCCCGCCUCCCUGAGAGAAACUGGACGCGGCUGGGGAGGGUGCUGGCCGGAGGAGGACCCUUCCCACGGCAUUAGAAGGGGGAGGGGAGCGGGGGGCCCCGCCCGUUCCCCUCCCCCAGCUCCUGACUGGCCCUCAAUCAGUGUUUGAGCCUCCUCCUCCCCUCACGCACCCCUCGGUGAAUCCUCGGUGAUGAUUUUGGCAACUUCGGGAAUAAAUGGCAAUUCUCACGGGCA